AUGAGUUGGAUUUUCUUUCUUCUUAGCUUGGUAGCUGGUUUGCAAAAUGAGGACAAGGCUGAAAGGAUCUGCAAGGCAUAUGGAUACAACGUGAUCGAAGCCAGAUUUGGAAAAGAAGUACACCUGCUGUGUUUGAAGUUGCAGUCUACAGGAUCAUCUGCACUGACAUCAGAGGAAUCAGCUCUGCUCCUGGACCCUGAAGUUAACGACGAACUAACAGAUCGUUUGUACCCCCUCGAUGAUGUUAUGAUGGCAUACGGAUUCCCCGUGGAGGACCCUGCUUCUGGGUCCGCUGAGGGGUACAUCGGAGAGGACCAACAGUUCUAUGGGGUGCUACAUAUAGGUAACAGAACACUCUACGCGGAUCCGUACGGGCGCGACGACCUGACCAAGAAGUUUGGAAGAUUCGAGAACGACCACGUGGCGGCGCCGCGGCAGCCUCGCAGCGAUCAUGAAGAUAAUAACUUUGCACAACUACCCUAUUUCCCGUAUCGGUACCAAGAGAGAGCACACAAGCCAGGUAUAGCAAGGGCCAGGAUCUGCGACUUGCUCCUCCUGGCGGACAAGGAGUUCUUUGACAAGGAUGCGAAUUCGAGCCUCAAGCACGUCUUACGCAGAAUGAUACACGCGGUGGCCCAGGCGGACAUCAUCUUUAGAAACGCAGAUUUUAACGAAGACGGGAUUCCUGAUAAUAUAGGUUUCUCCGUGAAGUAUAUCCUAGUGCUUACGUCACACGAGACCAACGGCCGUGUUUUUGGAGACCUGGCCAGCGAGCGAUCUGUGGAUGGCCGGUCGUAUCUCAUGCGCUUUGCCAGACUACGGAGGUUGUCUGAAGUGUGUCUUGGCGUCGCUUUCUCUGGACACGCCUUUAACAAUCGGACUCUGGGAUUGAGUUUUACAUCACUCGGGGGCGGCAUGGGCGGCGCGGCAGGCGGUCUUUGCGACAGGCGCGCGUUCGGACGCUCGUUCAACACGCUUGCGCUUGCGCAUGCGACCGCGGACGGGGCGGAGAGGGUGCCGGAGAGAAUCGCUGCGUUGACGCUUGCGCAUGAAAUGGGGCACAGUUUCGGUGCGCACCACGACGACAAUUUCCCCAACCCCGAGUGCCGGGGAUACCUGAUGGGCUCACAAUCUUCCACGUCCGAAACGGGACACAAGUACCAGUUCUCGCUGUGCAGCAAGCGACUAGUGGCCGCCACCUUGAGCAGCAUGAGCUAUUGCAUGGCGGUGGUGGAUAGACCUUAUUGUGGGAAUGGUAUAGUCGAAGAAGGCGAGGCCUGCGACUGCGGACUCCCGUUUCACUGUAACAGCAGGGAUCCGUGCUGCACCCCACGGGCGGGAGGAGCUCUCGCCUUUGAAGAUGGAGCUCUUCAUAAAGAAGGUUGCUCCGUGGCACCAACGGCUACGUGCCAUCCGUCACAGGGCUUGUGCUGUAAAGCGGAUUGUCAUUUCGCCAAUCUCACUAAAAGCGGAAUUGAUUGCACAUGGCAAGACAUGGCGUGCACAUGUGUCAACGUAAAUGACUGUCGGUGUGGUCUUGGCGGGAAAUGUUUAGCUGACAGGAGCUGUCACGCGGCUGAAUGCGCCACCCUCGGCCUGAGUGAAUGCAUUUGUCCGAAAACAGGCAUUGGUGGUGUUCUAGAGGAACUAAAAAUGUGUGGUAUCUGCUGUCAGUUAUAUGAUGGCAACACUACGAAGUGCGUAGGCGCCGAAAUUGCAGCCAAACAUGCUAUGAGUGCGGACUUGUUACCGAACGACUGGCCCGAUCCUCAAUAUAUAGGACCAAAUGUCACAUUAAACAUUUGCAACACCAAAACAUGUACGUCACGUACGAUACGCGCGUGGCCCGCUGGCGAUGUGUGUGUAAUGAACAACGUGGUUGGCGUGUGUUCACCACGUGGAGUAUGCAAGAGCGUGAAAGUGUUGCCAACUUCAAACAUUUACCCUGACGUUGUGGUAAUUAUGACUUGAUCAAGCAUGAUGUAAUUGAGACCAAC